GGCAUUUAUUUAUUGUAUCUGAUAACCUGGAAUUAAAAUAAUAAUUGAAUUAAAAUAAUAAAUUCCUGUUUCUCAGUGUUUCUGAUCUCAAGUCGUUGAUCUGCUCUGAGCUCCAGAUCGAGAGUCUCCUGCGUCCCAAAGCAUGACUGUGUGUUUGCUUGAGAUAAAGUAGGCGAAGGGGACAAAGAUCAAGUUCAAAGGUCACCCAGAGGUGUGUGAAGCAGCGGCGGCGUCCGUCGGACUGCGGCGGUUUGUGGAGCGGAUGAUGGUUUUCCUCAGGCGGUCGGCGCUGCUUCGCUACCUGCUACUGUUCUCUCUCGCUCUUCUCCUCUUCCUCAUCUCCUUCUGGCUCCCUCAGGGUGAACAGAGAGACUGCGGCUCAGUGUGGCAGCCAUGUUUGACGUAUCACAUCCAGACGCCUCUAGCCCCGCCCAUCCUGGAUGAGAGGGCGGAGUCAGACGACGCCCCGCCCCUUGUCAGGGAAUGUCCUGGCCAGGCGUUCCAGGCCCGGAAGCUGCUGCGGUUCCUCAGGUCCAGCCUGGCUGAGGACGGCGAGGACGUCCUGCUGGAGCCCUACCUGCUCAGCUGGGACCAGCUGCUCAACUUCAUGGAGUCUCUGGGAACGAUGGUCAGUUUCUUUUCUCAGAAAGUGAGAGAAAAGACGGAUCUGAUCCGGCAGCUCUCCCUGAAACCAGCCGGUUCCUCUGGACUACAAACCCCAGCAGCAUUGGGACUAAGAACCGGGGUGUAUCGAUCUGUUCGAUCCAUGAUGGCGGAGCUUCAGGCGGGAAUGGUCAGCUUCUCCCGCCGAACAGAUUCCGGCUGCCGGACGCUGCUGCGGCUGCAUCGCUCGCUGCUGUGGCUGAAGCUGAUGCUGGAGGGUUUGUCUGGGGGUCCAGACGCUGAGGGCCGAUUCAAAACGCCCGGAGAGCUCAGCAGAGACGCCUACAAGGUGGCGCUGGCCCCCCACCAUCCCUGGAUGCUCCGCCAGGCAGCAGAGAUAGUUUUCCUCGCACUUCCUGACAGAGAGUACUUCCUGCAGCUGGUGUGUGUGCAGAAGCAGGAAGAGGCAACACCCGUGCUGCGCAUCAUCAUCCACGCGCUGUCGGUGGUGCACACACGGACUCAACGCCUGCUGGCCAAGUACAACAUGUUGGAGCUGCCCUGAGCUGGGGACUUCCUGUCAGAAGUCUCCAAUCACAGAGACUGAACCCGUCAGUAGGUGGAUACUCCAAAAUACAUCCGUUUUUAUUAUUUAUGUUAGUCAUUAAAGGACCAAAACAGCACAAGACAAAAGAUUGUGUCUCAGUCAAUAACUGAGACCAAACAGGAGGAAAAGUCGACUCACUGCUGGAAACAAGAACAACAGAAGAUCCUUUCACAAGUUCAGUGUUUGAUUCUCCAAACCUGUUAGAGAAUCACAGGUUCAGAGAUUCUCUAAAUGCUCCCGUUUCAUCUCAGAACCAAAGCAGCUCUGGUCAGAGUCACUGAGGACCAUUUCUCUGAUCAUGGACUUGUUCUGGUUCUGACUCAGCACUCCGGGGAACAGAAAGCAGAUGUUUCAAAGGUUUCAUUUGUUCUUGUUAAUGAUGCAAAAUCAGAAGAAAAUAAAAAGCCUGGUCUUAAUCCAAGCUCUGGUUCCAAAAUCCAGACUGCUAAUCCCAAAUCAGCUGCCUUACAGACCCUGACUGAUUUUAAAACACAUCGGUGUGAAAAGCUGGACAUUUCUCAUUUAUCCACAGGAAUGAAAAUAUAUUUCUCAAAUCGAAAGGAUUUUUUACAGCAGAGUAAAAUCACAAACAGUUGUCUUUAAAUUCAACAGCUUCACAUCAGACCAUGAGUUUCUGCAUGUUGUAAAAUCUGAUAAGAGUGUAAUUAAAUAAACCUUCUCAUAUUACA